UCAGAUAAGUUACGUGUCUGGGGUUUGUUAGCGAUUUUGGUAAAGAAAAAGAAAGACUAUCAAAAUAAAAUGCUGCGGAGUGAUUCCUCUGGCGCUAUGAGACGUCGAGUGUGAGAAGCAGCGGUGACUGAGAGGGGCUGAGGGAACUGUGCUCUGUCCAGGGCCUCGUAUUAGCUCCUGGCCUCGGGUUAUUGUGUCGUCUGCAGGCAGAUGGAAAGCUUGAUGACUAGUUCUACCCUACCACCCCUUUUUGCAGAUGAAGAUGGCUCCAAGGAGAGUAAUGAUCUGGCCACCACUGGGUUAACACACUCAGAGGUUCCCUAUAGCAGUGGAGUUCCAUCGUCCGCUAACAACACUGAGUUUGUGGAGGAUCUCUCCCAAGGCCAGCUGCUUCAGAAUGAGUCUUCAAAUGCUGCAGAAAGCAAUGAACAGCGGCAUGAAGAUGAGCAAAGAAGUAAACGAGGAGGUUGGUCCAAGGGAAGAAAGAGGAAGAAACCUCUUCGGGACAGCAAUGCGCCCAAAUCUCCCCUUACAGGAUAUGUUCGGUUCAUGAAUGAGCGUCGAGAACAGCUUCGAGCAAAGAGACCAGAAGUCCCGUUUCCAGAAAUCACAAGAAUGUUAGGCAAUGAGUGGAGUAAACUGCCUCCUGAGGAAAAGCAGCGCUACCUUGAUGAAGCAGACAGAGAUAAGGAGCGUUACAUGAAGGAACUGGAGCAGUACCAGAAGACCGAGGCCUACAAGGUCUUCAGUAGAAAAACCCAGGACCGGCAGAAAGGCAAAUCUCAUCGGCAAGAUGCAGCCCGACAGGCAACCCAUGAUCAUGAGAAAGAAACAGAAGUCAAGGAGCGAUCUGUGUUUGACAUUCCUAUAUUUACAGAGGAGUUCCUGAACCACAGCAAAGCACGCGAGGCUGAGCUGCGCCAGCUCCGGAAGUCCAACAUGGAGUUCGAGGAAAGGAAUGCAGCACUGCAGAAACAUGUGGAGAGCAUGCGCACAGCUGUGGAGAAACUGGAGGUGGACGUGAUCCAGGAGCGCAGCCGCAACACAGUCCUGCAGCAGCACCUGGAGACCCUGCGGCAGGUGCUGACCAGCAGUUUUGCCAGCAUGCCCCUGCCUGGAAGUGGUGAGACACCAACAGUGGAUACCAUUGAUUCGUAUAUGAACAGAUUGCACAGUAUUAUUUUAGCGAACCCCCAAGACAAUGAAAACAUCAUAGCUACAGUGCGGGAAGUUGUGAGCAGGCUUGAUCGCUAGGGAAUGGUCUCACAGCUCCCACAUGUCCCGUGUUUUUACUUGUGCGGAAAGAGAAGCCAUCCGUGGAAAUUGGAACUGUGUGGGGAUCCAGAAGAACCACAGACCCUUGUGCUUGUGAAGAAUUCUCAGUGAGUGCAGCGCUUCACCCCAGAAAGCCAGAUCAGGUAGCUCAGGGGGCACGUGUGUGAGACCUCCCUACAGAUCAUCCUCGGCAAGCUUUGAAAGUGUACAGCCACUCUUCCUAGUGUUCGAGUCUUCUGUCAUCCCCAUCUCUGUUAAAGCAGAUCUGUAUAUAUUCUGCUGACUGGGUGACUGAAACCACCACAGCAGAGACUUCCUAGUUGUCACAGUUCCAAUUGGACCUUUUUAUCACUGGAGCUCAUUUUCUCACCUAGCUGUCACUUUUUUUUAAAUGCCUUUGGGUGAUUUUUGCUUCCCUUUUUCCCCACCAAGUUGUACAUCUCUAUCUUCUGACCCCUGGGCUCAGUUGCUCAGCAGGGCUCUGAAGGAGCAUUUCUUUCAUUGGAUGGCCCCAGUCUUCUCCCAUCAUUGCCCGCAGUGACUGCAAAGAGAGGAGCUUCUUGUUGACAGUGCCCUGUGGAGGAAGCCCUGUGUUCCCCACCACACACAGUGCUCAGUGGGUGCCAGCCCUCACAGGCAGCUUUGUGAUUGCUGCCCUGAAGGGGAAGGUGCCUUUAUCCUCCCCGAGCUGCCUGCUGUUUUCUGGGCAGUGCUCCUGCACAGACAUGGUGUCCCCACCCCAGUAAGGCUAUUCUGUCCUCAUCUUUGGCCGUAUCUUGUGGAGCAUUUUGCUGAGGAAAAGGUCAUUGGUAAACAGAGAGCAGGGGAAAAAGUAGUUUUUAUUUGGUAUUUAUUAUUUUAAGCCCAGAGUUUAUCGUAAGCGAAACCCAAGGUAAUCCCUAUCUCGAUGAGGUGUGAGAGUCAUGGACUUAGGUGUAAGCAGUGUUGGAAAUAGUCUCUUGAGCUGGCAGAAAGGGCACAGAAGAAUUUGAUGUCCUUUGUCUUCCUUCUAUAUCCAUUAACUGCUGAAUAUGUACAAAAGGAGGCGUCUUUCCUUCCCUCUCCCUAGUAAGGAAUUUUUUCUUUUUAACAGCAAAAGUGAAGAGGGUUCAGAUUAUCUCCUCAGGGUCUUUUUUUUCUUUUCUCUUUACGCUCUAGAGCACAAGGCUGAAGGUGGCAGCUGAGAUCUUUGGAACCAAAGCAGAGCAUGCUGGGCCUGUGGGCUUGGCACCUCACCAUUGAAGGCAGGUGAUGGCAGUGUGGCCCUUUAUAGUGUACCCCAAAGCCUAGAUGCAAGCUAGAAAUCCCAUUCUAUAGCUGCACCAUUUCCUCUUAACACUGUGAUCUUCUUGCCUGUGUUUGUCAGCCCCAAGGAAAUUAAGAGCAACAACAAGAAGUCUUGCUUUGUGAUGUCUUGUGUGAAUACACAUACAGUUUCUGUGUACUGAAGCCCACCUGCCACCACUUGACAGCUUAUAGAAUAAGACCCCUUCCUUCAUUCUCUGUUGCUGUAAAGCCAGCAGUUCUCCUGCCUCUCUCUAUUUUCCCAUGUCCUUUCUCUCAUCUUACUGUUUUUGCCCCUUAGAUUCCUUGUCUAUUGAGUCCAAGUUAGAGCUCAUUGUCUGUGGCAGAAGGACGUCAAAGCUGGCUCUGGAAGUUGGUCUGCCUUCUGCUAGAUGCUAUCUGCCCUGUCUUCUUUCCUCUCUAUAUUUCUGUUUCUGCUUUGUGUUCAGUUUCUUGCAACGUCAGCAGCACUGAUUUUGUAGCCAGGAAGGCUACUCUAGCUGGACACCUCACAGUGACUGGACGCAUGCAUGUGCAGGGGGACACAGCGCUCGGGAGCACCCUACAACAUGGAACCGCAUGCACUGAAGCAGCUGCAUACCUGCUUCAUGGUGUUGUGGGAUUGUGAGGUCGUGGGGAGAGACCUGUGCUACCUCCUCUUUGUGCUGUAAUGGGCUGACACAACAUCCCGUUGCUGUGUCCCAGGAGACUGGUAGACACUCCGCACUGACGUGUUCUCUUAAGAAAUAAGCUGUUGCCUAUUCAGUGUUAAAGGCUCCCUUCUUUCUUUUUAUUAAAACACGAGCAGCUGAGGAAAGGGAGACGAGGUGUUCUGUUUCUGACAGAUUAUAGAAAAAAUACUGUGUACAUGUGUUUGGAACUGUUGAAAUGCCAAGUUUUCUGUACAAGUGUUUUUGUAAUUAAACUUUUAGAUUUUCUUUGUUUUUAAGGAAGUUGAUAUGCUUGCUUGACAUUUGUCUCAUUAAAACUUUUUUAUGUUGAA